UAUUCAUCCAUAAUCUAUCAUCAACCUCUCUCUCCCAUCUACAAGAACCUGGAAAAAUCAUCAUUCUCCCCCUCAAGAUUGCAUCAACUGAUUUUUCAAGCCCUUUGAAUAGAAUUUGUACGUGAAUCUACAAAUAUUCCUCCCUGAAAAAAAAUGCCCCCGUUGCGCCGAGUGAAUCGAAAGGAUCGCGUGGGUAAAAAUACUGUGGUGAAAAAGCAACACUCCAUCAACAAACCAACGGGUGUUAGCACUUCUCCAGAUAAACCACUUCCUUUGGUGGAACGCACGAACAAACUUUCACUUGAAGAGUUCCUCUCCUUAUACGUUCCUUCUUCUGAGCUCAGGUUUCGACGGGGAAAUCAAAGAUCAAAUUCCAGGCCACCUAGUGUAAAUACCAGCUACAAUUCAACCGGGCAGGAGGAGGAAAAGGAAUAUACGCUGGAAAUCCACACUGCAGGAACCAUUCCCGCCGUCGAUCUGGAAGAAUGCUAUAAACUUAUCGAGCUAACAUCAUCGAGUGCAUACAAAAGCUCCAGUAUUGGAUGGUCACCCUCCGAGAAGAAGAAAGAGAUGAAGUUGCCUGACAUGAAAUAUAUGAUUUUGCGACAAGCUUCGGCGCCAGCCUCCCGAGAUGCUGUCCAAGGCGAUAGUUCGUCUUCGCCUGUGGGGGGAUUUCUAGGCUUCCUCGAAUUUAUGAUCACGUACGAGGACGGUAAAGAGGUUGCGUAUUGCUAUGAAAUUCACUUGCUACCCAAGGCCCAGCGACAGAGGCUGGGGGAGGAGUUAAUGAUGAGAUUUGAGCGCGUCGGACAGCGCAUUGGUUUGGAGAAGGCCAUGCUAACAGUAUUCAAAUCCAACACGCAGGCAGCGAACUUCUAUGGCAGAGUCGGAUACGAGGAAGACGAGAACUCCCCACGGCCUCGACGCUUGCGAAACGGGAUGGUGAAGGAGGCAGACUACCGAAUUAUGUCCAAGUCAUUGCAGCAACGAGUGCUCCAUUGUACCGGUGGGUCGUUGAUAAGAUAAAAUCCAUAGAACACACUGAGUACAUGAAACUAUAUUUAUACUUGC